AAAUGACAUCUGCUCAGUUAUAGCAUAUACACAGUUUGUCAGAGAGAGCUUGAAGAUCCAGAGCAUUUGCAUCAAAAACAAAAAUGAAGACACUUUACUUUGUGCUUUAUUUCAUCGUGAUUGUUCAAGCUUCAUCUGAAAAUUGCACUCAACCAAAAGAGGAAGGUAUCGGAGAUAAACAAGAUUUAACAUUUUACUAUGAUACAACAGCUGGCAAAUGUUUACCAUUCUAUUACAAGGGAUCAGGGGGCAAUGAUAAUCGUUUUAACUCAGACAGAGAAUGCAUGAAAGCCUGCUCAUUGGAAAAAGAAGAUCUGUACCCAAGUGGAAGGGCAGUUUGUGAAAAGCCGAUGGAUCCUGGAAUGUGUUUUGGCAGGACCCCCAUGUUUUACUAUGACUCAAAAGAAAAGAUCUGCAAGUCCUUCUUCUAUGGAGGCUGUCAGGGAAAUGGGAACCGAUUUCAGAGUAAAAAGGAGUGUAAAGAAACAUGCCAAGCAAUAUCAGGAAGAUCUGGUGUGAGCGGGACAGAAGAACCUGAACCAACCUCUGUAAAUCUAGGACUUGCAGUAGGAAUUGUAGGUGGAGUCAUUUUUGCAGUGGCACUCAUUUCUCUCAUAGUUGUUACUGUUCUGCAAAGGAAGAAGAAAAGAACACGCAAACCUGUACCAACAGAAGUAGAGAUGGCAUAAAAAGAGCAUGGAACAGAAGUCAAAAGGAUUUUUAUACUGUGUAUUUGUGUGACAAGCUACAGUAAAUGCUAAUAUUUUAAAUUUUAUCUUUUUUUAAUUUGAAUACUAACCUGACCUCUAAAAGGCAGUUUUAGAUUAAAUUGUAGUUACUUUUUUGCCAAAAGUGUUGCUUGCAUUGUUGAUUGUUUAGACAUUAAUAGCUUCUUCAUUAAUCAUUAUACAGUAUGAACACUCACAUCUAUUGUUACACAAAACCACACUGGAGGGUUAAAGCAAGCACUACUCCAACAGAAACAGUUAUAAAUGUACAGUAAUACAGUACUUUUUUAUGGUUCAGUUAUUAGUUGAAUCAGAUUAAUGCAAAUACUUGUGUUACAGUAUAUCUCAACCCAUUUAAAUCUCUCGACAUUUAAUUGUCUUCCUGCUCGGUGAAAUGGGUGAGUUUUCUUUUCCAUAAUUUAUACUUGUUCUGCUUAGAAAGAAAAUAAAAAAAACAUUUUGUUCA